UCAUCUUCCCCGAGCAGCGCCUACCGAAGAUCCGUAUGCGCAACCUCCGAUCUCAUCGACAGGUGUGCUUGGCGUGGCCGUGCCACAGUGGCACAAGCAAGCAUGGCACAUGCCCUAGCAGCGGCGCCGGCGCACUCGUUGAAGCAGCAGCCAACCAUAGCGCCUAAACGCCGACUUUCGUCCCCGACACUGAAGCUUGUCUAUGGGCUUCUUCUUCCUGACCAUCACCCACGUCUAGAGCGAGCAGCCGUGCCAGACCGACUUCCGUCUUCCCGAGCAGCAACGCCAACCGAAGACCCCUCCCGGCGGCACGCGACUUGCUGA